AUGUCCGUAGCUUCCAUCACUAAUCCCUAUCUCUGUUCAUCUCCUCUUCCAAGAUCAAAGCACGGCAGACAGAACCCAUUUCUGUCCCAUGCCAAGUUCAUAACCCUUUCCGAUUCCUUUGCCAAAGCCAGGGGGAACCAGCAGUUGACAAAUUGCGCGGCUUUCGUGGUUAGGGCUUCUUUAUCAGAAACAGAAUCCGAGCCAUCGAAGUCGGAGGGGGGCGAGGGGGAAGAAGAUGAUGAGAAGUAUGAGGAGUAUGAGGUUGAGAUUGAGAAGCCUUAUGGGUUGAGAUUUACAAAGGGAAGGGAUGGAUCCACUUACAUUGAUGCCAUAGCUCCGGGAAGCUUUGCAGACAAGACUGGCAAGUUUGCUGUGGGAGACAAAGUCAUUGCCACUAGUGCUGUGUUUGGUGAAGAAAUAUGGCCAGCUGCUGAGUAUGGGCGUACAAUGUAUACAAUCCGGCAAAGAAUUGGACCCUUGCUCAUGAAAAUGCAGAAACGAUAUGGAAAGCCUAUCGAUAAUACUGAACUUACCGAGAAAGAGAUCAUUAGAGCUGAAAGAAAUGCAGGGUUUAUAAGCAACAGAGUUAGGGAAAUUCAGAUUCAAAACUAUAUGAGAAAAAAGGAACAGAAGGAACAGAGGGAGAAUGAUCUUCGCGAAGGACUUUCCCUCUACAAGGCUGAUAAAUAUGAAGAAGCUCUGGAGAAAUUUGAAUCAGUAUUAGGAUCAAAACCAGAGCCGGAUGAAGCCUCAGUUGCAAACUACAAUGUGGCAUGCUGCUAUUCAAAGCUUAAUCAGGUAAAUGCUGGACUUUCUGCAUUAGAAGAUGCCUUGAAAGCAGGAUAUGAAAAUUUCAAGCGAAUUCGCAGCGAUCCAGACUUAGCCAAUGUUAGAGCAUCAGAAGAAUUUGAGGCCCUUAUGAAGAAGUAUGAUGAGUCUUUCAUAAACGAGAAUGCCAUCAAUGCAAUCAAAUCCCUUUUCGGCAUAUUCAACAAGAAAUGAUUAUCAAUCAUACUGAAGAGGCCAACAAAUCAGGCUUUUUUGCCAUUGUUUCUUAACUUCGAUCACCAUGUGGUAAGAAAAAGAUACCUCAAAUACCAGAACUUGCUUCUGUGUAUAGUUUUUAUUUUUUUCUGGGAGGGUUUGAAGAGAUAUAAUCAUAUAGGUUUUAGUAGAGCCAUUCAUAUCUCAAAUUUUAUGUC